UGCACGUUGUAGGAUUGAGGUGUAGAUCUGCAAGUCUGUAACUGUUCUCUGUUGUUAUUGGUGUAGGCUGUCUUAUUUGAAUUUUUGUUUGACUGUAACGUUUGGAAGUUCUUUUUAACCUCCACAAGAGUGGCAUUUUACGAACUUUAUUUGGUUUUGGGUGUGUUAGUUACGAGCGUUGUAUUUUAUUAAGCUGUUGUGGAAAGAACGGGUUAAUAAUACCUUAUCGGAAGACUGCCAGGCUGUUUUUAUGAUUUACGGUUAUGGUCUUCGGAACAGUUUUCAUUGUCGAUAUAAAUAGUACUUUUGCCGCUUUGUGCCGCUAUAUUUCAGUGCAUAUGUGUCACUAAAACAAGUUUGAAAGUACGCUCUAAUAUUCACCUGGAGAAACUUUCAUACAGAACGGAUAUGCUUGUUGUCCGACGUCGAUAAUAGAUUAUUUUGAAACGUGACACACACAUUGUGAAGGGUCAAGAUGUAUAAGAUGGCUCAUCAUUUUUCUUCUCUUUAAAAAGUCAGAUUGUGGACUAAUGUAUCAAAUGAUGGUUAUUGUGUAGAAUUGUAUUGUAAUAUUAAAUGAUAACCAGGAAAUGAUGUAUUAUGAUGUGUUGUUCACUAUAAAUCAUAGAAGAAAAGAACAUUCUGAUGGCUGAACACGUUUUGAGUUGUGUAUGUAUGUAAGAAAAGUGACAAUUUAUUACUUAGUUAAUUGUUGCUCAAAAUUUGUGAUCACCUGUUUGUAAUCUACCCCACAUAGCACAGUGAACUGUCAUGGAGGAAGACAAAGAGAAAUGUGUUGUAGCUAUUGCUAAAUGUGCUUCAUACCAAGCAGUUCCAGGUUAUACAGGCCAAGUAAAAAUUCCAGAUACAGGCUUUGAUAAAUCUAAAUCCUCAGAUACAAAGCUUGAGGAAGUUGUUCACAAUGCAAAAAGUGAAUCACAUUAUGCAUUUAUUUUGGCUCCACUUAAUGCUAAUACAGCUAAACCUGAGCUGACGUCUCCUAAUGUUCUUUGCAAUACAAGUAAUGUAUCAAUAUAUGUGACUGCGCCAUAUUACUUUAAAAUGAAUGCUGGAAGUACAUGUAAUGUAAAUCAGCCAACUGAAUCCUGUAAUGCAGCAGAUAUAUCAGCACAAGUUAUUGUUUCAAAGGAUACUGACUCUAAGAUGGCUUCAGAUCAACCACAGUGUUCACAUGAAGACCGAAAAAGUGCCGUUUACAUUGUUGCUGCGUUGCUUCAGAAUGAGAUUAGCCCAUUUCAGUCAGAAAAUAAUAAAUAUUGGCCCAGUGAAAUACAGGAAAUAAUUUCUAGGCAUUCAUGCACUGUUGAACACAUAUUUGCAACAUCAAGUGAAGCAAUAUUAAUUACAUUUCCUUGUACUCCAGGUUUUGAAAAAGAUAAAGUUGGUCCUGCAGAUCGUAGUACUGUAAAAUGUGGUUCUAGUUCAUCAUUUGGUCUCACUGAUGAAUGCAUGUUGGAAAAGAAAUUUAAUAUACUAUUCCAUCAUUUGAGUACAGGUUUGAUGUCAAAUUUAUCACCAGAAUCAGCAAUAAAAAGAUUCCUUUGUUAUGCCAUGAAUGAUAUAAUGGAAGUGAUGUCUAUUGAAUAUGCCUUGUCUCUUGUUUGCAACUGUUCCCUGUGCUGGUACCUCUAUAUGUGUGCCAAGGUUAUAUACAGAGAUUCUCCAGAGGAAACACCUAAAUUGAACUGGAGUGGUUGCGCUAUAAGCUCCUACAGAUGUCUGGCAAUGAGGAAGAUUUGUGUUACAGAUAGGAAUUCUAAAGCUGUUGGUCAAGACAGCAGUAUAAAUUGCUCUUUUACCUUGCCAUUACGAUUCACAAGAGGUGGUAAGAAACGAAAAUUGCAUGAUCAGAGGGAGUUCAAACCUCUAAAACGAAAUAUGGUUUUACUUGACUCAAACUUAAACAAGGUUCCAAAAGUUACAGCGAGAACAUGUGACAGUGCAGUUGCUCCAAGUUGCAGCUUCAGCUCAGAUUUAAACAAGGUGUCAGAAGUUACAGUGAGACAGUAUGACAGUGCAGUUGUUCCAAGUUCUAGCUUCAGGUCAGUCUUAAACAAAGUUUCAAAAGUUACAGCGAGAACAUAUGACAGUGUAGUUGUUCCAGCUUAUAGCCUCAGGGUGAAACCUGAUCAUGUUGUAAAAACUAUUGGACUUGGGUUUAAAGGUUGCCCAAGGUUCCAGAGUCCUGAAGAAGAUGCAUAUGUGUUCAAUCCAGUCCGCCAGUUCAAAGGCAACACUUAUACAAGGAAAAAGAAUUCAGGCGUGAGGUAGGGUCAUUAAAUCAUCAAACUUCUAAAAGUGUUUUUGGAAACAGACAGUAAACCUUAUUUUAGUUGUCACGUCUUGGAUAUUCUUAGUAUUCAAGUUUUGUAAAUAAGUGUAGUGAGUUUGUGACAUUUGACUGAUAUUAAAGCGGUUGACUGAUAUCAAUAAAUAGUAGUGGAGUAUAUACCAACAUAAGCCAAAGGACUUCUUAUUGAUGUAGUGAUAGUGUAAGUUGGAAGAGAAGAGCGAAAACAUUUUCAGCUUACAUUUACAUUCUGCAUAAUACUUUGUAUGCAUGUCACUUAUCUUAAUGCGAAUGAAACUUAAUACUGAAGAGUAUGAUCUGGGUUGUAACACCAUGUGGCUUGGUGGAAGUCAGUCAGCACUCCUGUGAAACAUCAGUGGACUUCUGUUGAAAUAGAUAGCAUUCCAAGCCAACCCAGAAGUUUGUAUUCUUCAUAGUCCCCACUAUGAGAACCUCAUCCAUAAAAUUAUACUGUUUGGAUAUAGGCAUUAAGAUUAUGUAAGGUUGAAAUAUGUCAUGAGGUCCACAUCAUGCAUCAGUAAAGUGAAUUGUAUCUAAACUGUUGAAAUAAAUGU